UUACAAUUAGUCCUCCUAGCUUCUUACCUCGAAAACGUAAAAAAGAAAAAAAAUGGUCUCAAAACUUUGUACUAAAAUACAAGAAAACCCACCUUUCUCCUCUCAAACAGUAGCUGCCAAUUUCUACUAAAACCCACAAAUUCCUUUCUCUCACUAAAACCCCAAAUCGUAACGCCUUUUAAUUGAAGCUCAAAAUCUUCUCUAUGAUGUCUCUGCUUCACCGAUUUCAUGGUCCUUAAGAUUUCUUGGUGAGCUGAAUUUUUUUUUUUUUUUUUUUGUUUGAAUCAAUUGGGUGUACUGUUUUAGGGGUUUUUGUGGUUUUGAUGGGGUUUGUGUAAAAAUCUAGUCUUUUUUGGUUGAUAGAGAAAAGGGGAUCAAGAAUGGAUGAGGGGUUGAUAAGUGGUAGUGUAGAGAAACAUGGGUUGGAUUUGAAUAGGGAUCCGUCUGAGCUAAUGGAGACUGAUUUGACUGUGAUUGACUUGAAUUCCAGGCAAGAUCUUGAUUUGAAUGAGUCUGUUAAGGAGGUAUGUGAGAAUGAUGAUGAAAUUAAAGGUGUCAUUGUUGAUGUUGAUGAGUGUGAUAAGGUUGAGGUAGGUGUUGGUGAAGUUGGGGAGGAGGUUGAGGAGGAGAAUGUAGUGGAAGUUGUUGUUAAGAAGCGGCGAGGGAGACCAAAGAGGGUGGUGGGUUCAGUUCAGUUGGAGCUUGAGAAGAAGGGUUUGGGUUUGAUGUCAAGUGGGUUGAGUCCUUCUGAGGAAAAAAAGUGUGAUAAGGGAACAGCUGUUGGAAAUGGCGAAGAGGGUCAAAUUGAGGACAAUGUAGCUGGUGAGCCACAUGGCAAGGGUGAUGCCACGAAGGGCAAAGGACGGAGAGGGAGGAAAAAGAAGGGGUUGGUUGCUUCUUCACCAGGAGGACAAACUGAGGAAGGACGUGAUGAUUUGGUAGGUUUUGAAGGUGGCAAAACAAUGAAGGUGGAGGAUGGCAUUGAUUCCAGUACCCAAGUUCAAGUUGAUGAAAACAAUGUUAAGGGCCAGGAUACGCCUGGCAGGAGAGGCAGUGGAAGGAAAAGACUUAAAGUGGAUUAUACUGAAUUGCACGAAGAUGAAUUCACUGACGAUGAAGAAAUUGAUGUCAGUACUGAUCAGUGCGAGAUUAAGCCUGCAAGGAGAGGCAGAGGGAGGAAAAGAAUGAAAGUGGAGGGUACUGAGUGUCUUGAUGAUGAUGAUCAAGUGAAAAGACAGAAGGUGAACACUAUGGGUCAGUUUAAAAGGGUCUUGAGGUCCCAGACACUGGCAGUUACUGAUGGUGAGAAGGAUGUUUUUGAAGUGAAGGAUGCAGGUGUGUCCAGUCCAAAAAUAGAUAAUAAGAUUGAUCCUUCUGACAAAAUACUUAAGACAAGGGUAAAUGAUAAUGCAACCCCGAAAAAGAGGGGAAGGCCAAAGUUAAAGGGCCGUCGUGGACGACCUCCGAAGAUGCAAGGGAGAAAUGAAAUUUCCAGUCUGACAAGUAGCCAAAAGAAUAAAUCGAGGGGUCCCAAGAAGGGCAUGAAUUAUGAAAAAGCAGAUGGUUCUGUUAGGGGUUCAAAACAUCUAAAGGCGAGUCAGACAAGUGCUGUGGAAGGGGUGGUUAACAUCAGAAAGGAGAAAGACACUGAUCAAGCAAAUGCUGAAGCUAAUUAUGAGGGUCCUAGAGAUGGUCAAAAUAGAAGGUUCAGCAGUAAUCCAUAUCGUGUGAAGAAAAGUAAAUUGAAAAGAAGCAAGCCUGAGGUGAUGGAAUCGGGUCUUAGGGAACAAAAGCAGGUCAUUAGAAAUCAGAUAAUUGAUAUGCUUGUGAAGGCAGGUUGGAAUAUUGAGUACAGGCCCAGGCUAAAGAGAAUGUAUAGUGAUGCAAUUUUUUAUGAUCCUGAAGGAAGGCAACAUUGGUCAGUCACUUUGGCAUACAAGAAGCUCAAACAGAAAGUUGAAGCUGGGGAUGCUGAUGAUAAGACCAAUUCUGCGUUUACUCCUAUUCCGGAGGAGGUAUUCAGCACAUUGUUCAGAGUUAGGAAAGAAAAAGAGAUCAAGGGAAAAAAGAAGAAAAAUGAUGCUGGAAGUAAAAUGAGCAAGAAAAUGACCAACAAGAAGUUAUCCAAGAAGCUAUCUGCCAAAAACAACUCAGAUAAUAAAGGAAGUGUUGGCUCCAAAACAGGAUACAACUCAAAUGUGGCAGUACGGAGGAAAAAGUUGGGACCAAAUACAGAAGAUGGACAACGCAGAAAGCCCUGUGCUCUAUUGGCUCGUAGCUCUCAGGGAGGGGUUGAUUCAGAUGGUGAUGAGUUUAUACUGUAUGAUGGGAAGCGCACUCUUUUAGCGUGGAUGAUUGAUUUAGGGGUUAUUCAAUGUGAUGCUCAGGUGCACUACGUUUAUGGUGGAAGGAAAAAAGUGAGGCAUGAAGGAAAGAUCAAGGGGGAUGGAAUUUGUUGUGGCUGUUGUGGUGAGACACUGAAGCUUGCUGAUUUUGAAUCUCAUGCUGGAAGUAAGCUGGGCAGGCCAUUUCAGAAUGUGAUUCUGCAGUCAGGACAGUCUCUUCUGCAAUGUCUAGUAGACUCAUGGAAUAAGCAGAAAGAAAUUGAUCCUAUUGCAUUUCAUUCCGUGGAUAUUGUUGGUGAUGACCCCAAUGAUGAUACAUGCAACAUUUGUGGAGAUGGGGGUGACUUGAUAUGUUGUGAUAGUUGCCCCUCAACUUUCCACCAGAGCUGCUUAGAUAUUCAAAAGUUACCUUCUGGAGAUUGGAGAUGUGUUUAUUGUUCAUGCAAAUUCUGUGGGACAGUUGUCAGAAACUCCUCGGAGAAUGAUGUUCAGGAUGGCAUGGCAGUAUCUGAGUUGUUAACAUGCCAUUUGUGUGAGGGAAAAUUCCAUUUGCCUUGUGUCCCCGGUGACAGUGCUCUCGGUUUUGAUACCAAAGAUCUAUCGUUUUGCGGAAAGGGAUGCCAGAAGAUUUUUGAGGGCCUGCAGGUGCUUCUUGGUGUAAAGCAUGACUUGGAUGAAGGAUUUUGUUGGAGACUUCUUCAACAUCGUGAUUUUGGCAGGGAUACAAAUUUGACUGACGAUCUAGUAGACAUUGAAUGCAAUUGCAAGUUAGCUGUUGCUUUCUCCAUUAUGAAUGAGUGUUUUGUGCCCAUUGUUGACCAGCGAAGUAAAAUCAAUGUAAUUCAGAGCGUUGUUUAUAGCUGCGGGUCAAACUUUAGGCGGCUGAACUACAAAGGGUUCUAUACUAUUAUUCUUGAGAAGGGUGAUGAACUUAUCUGUGCUGCAUCCAUAAGGAUUCACGGGAAUGAAGUUGCUGAGAUGCCAUUUAUUGGAACCCGAUAUAUGUAUCGUCGUCAACGUAUGUGCAGUCGGCUUCUCACAGCAAUUGAAACGGCUCUUUGUUCUCUUGGUGUUGAGAAGCUGGUUAUACCUGCUAUACCAGAACUUAAUGAAACAUGGACGAAGGUUUUUGGUUUCAAACCCCUUGAAAAAUCAAAGAGAGAGGAAAUGAAGUACAUGAGUAUGAUAGUGUUCCCUGGCACGGAUAUGUUGGAGAAGCCUCUAUUGAAGGAUCAAUCCAGUGAAGGCCAAGUUACUUCAACAGGGUCCAAUGCUGAUGCUUUCUCUGAAGUCAAGCUCAACCAGGAUGAUAAAAGUGCUACUUUCCCUGUUGAAUCAAGUCUUGAUAUAGCUGAUGGCGUCUUGAAUGAUACGUCCGAAUGUAGAAACAGUCUUCCUUCUCAUGCUUCUGAACCUGAUGCUCAUCAAACUGAAAGGAUAGCUAAUUGCUCUUCUGCACAACCUGGUUAUGGAACUAUCCCCUCUGAUGUAACAGACGAACAACAUGGGAUGAAGAUGUAUCAACAUUGUGGAAGUGGGAUGGAAGGCAAUGCACUAAUUUCUUCUCCCGUGGCACCUAUAUCAAGAAUUCAUGAGGAGAAAGCCAUUCACAGUAUGGAAGAUAGUAAAGAAGCUGUCAGUUGUCUGCUAAAAGGAGAAGUUGAGUGUCUGAAUAAUGAUUCCGAUUCUGUUGACAAGGUUUGCCAGGGGACAUCCUCUGUAGAUUGGCAAAAUAGAAAUGAAUGUCACACACUUGAAGUUCCUGCAGGAAAGGAAACAGUUGCUUCAAGUGAAAUGACUUCUGCUUUGAUGUGUGAUUCAACUGGUUCGGUAAAAGCUACUUCCGAAGCCUCCCAUCAGAUGGAAAAAGUUGUGGAUUCUUUAGAUCUACCUGUUUCUAAUGGCUAUAUUUGUGAUAAAACAUCUACCUCAAACUCUUCUUGCUUGAAUUCUCCUUUGGCAAGUCAAGAAACUUCUCAUGAAGUCAUGAGAAGUAACAUCAAUGACCAUAAGGAAGUUUCUGUGGAUGCUCAUGUUUUGUCCCUUGAUUCAAAGUCUCUCCAUGAUGUAGCUCAGUUGUCUGCAAAAUCCACUGAGGAACUGGAGUCUUGUUCAUAAUUAGUAGUUUGUCUGGUUUUGAACUCUGUGGCAGUACGAGUACCUGUGAUGCUCCUGUGGUGCUAGUAGAAGGAUGCUUGAUAUGUAGGUCGUGUAGAUUUUUGAAGAUGUAAUAUGCUAAUUUUGAUCUUUAAUUGAGCGACAACUGACAAAGCCAAGUGUAUAUUCCUCCAUGUAAUUACUGACAUGAACAUAUUCGGUGCUAUGGUUUUUGAGUAGCUUUUUUCUUUUUGGUUGAAAGUUGUAGAUGGUAACCCUACAUGGCAGCGGAUGAAUGAGUAUUGAUAACGGAUAAUCUGACCUACACACUGGAUUUGGAUCUUUAUAACUAGGCGUAGAUGUAGGCUUUUAUUGAGGUAUGUAUUUCAUGUCAUUCUAAAGCUUAACUUAUUGAAUGGUGAGACCAUUCCUUCUGCUU